AUGAAGAAACAAAAUUUUCAAAGCUCACCAAGGCUAUCGGUAGCCGAAGUUAAGAUUGCGGUAGCAAUAACACUCCUUGCCGGCAGCUGCAAAGGAGCAGCUAACGAUAACGCACAAGCGUUCAAUAUGAUGUGCGGCAUCCGUCAGAUCCUAACUGCAGAAGCAGAUCUUCCAGAGCAAAAAGACAAGGAAGAGGUGACGCGCGCGAUACAACAGCUGAUCGAACUUAACCUUUCUACAGCAGAAGACAGCAUGUACGACCAAAAGUUUGAAGAUGAUUCAAGUGACGGCGAUAAACCACAGCAGUACAAAGAAAACAGGCCUAAAUGGCAGAAAGCCAAGCACCUCAUCUCUGCUGGCAACUUGGAAAUAGACAGCAUCAAAAUACUUCGACUACCAAACAGCCCCAUGCGGACAACAGCAAACAAGCUAAUCAAUUGCAGUCUAGAAAAAGCUAAGGCACUUGAAAAAGGUUUAGUCGAACCAACCACCCAGGCAGAGGCACAAGCCGACUUUAACGACAUUCUUUUCGGCGAUAAAGCCGGCGAGGAUAAGGCCGGAAGCAAGACGUACGGCACGGCAGCGACAGCUUGCGGCGGCAACGAUCCCAGCAACAGCGAGGCGGGCAGGUCGUUCAUGAGCGAUUUCCUAUGCCUGUGUUCCGCGAGCGGAGGGUCAUCACCAGCAUGCACCGGGACAGCACUAAGCGGCAUUACCUACAGCACGGCCAGUGCGUCGGCAACGGCGGCGGCGGCCUUAGCAAAAAAAUGCCCAUUAAUACCACACACAAAAACGACGGCAGCAGACAUAAAGGCAGCAGCAGCGACUUUCACGGCGGCACUAAAACACAAAGCGGGCGCCACGACAGCAGGCAAAAUAAUGCUAGGCAAAGGCGACGAGACACAAUGCAACGGCGCCGCCAACGGAGACUGCGUGCUGUAUAAGGCGUUAGAUGCAACCGGCAAGCUGCAAAUACCGUGGCUCAGCAAGUUCACAGCGGCAAUAAGCAGACUGGAAGCAGCACACAAAAACUCACUCAAAAAUGCUCGUAUUGCAGCGGAGGUCACAAACUUAAAAACAGCAGCGUUGAGAACAUACUUGCAAGCGACGGUCGAAGUUACUCAACCGCCACAACCCACAAAAGCUCUAAGCCAACAAGCAGACAAAGCAACACAAGAGCCGGCAAAAAAAGUUUGCAAUGAAGCAGGGGGUGAUCAAAAAGCCUGUGAAAGCUUAAAGGAUAAAGACUGCACUUUUAACGAAAAAGACAAAAAGUGUGAGUUGAAAAAGGAGGUGAAAUCUAAGCGAGAAAACGAUUGCCAAGAAGGGAAAGAUGGGAAAACGACAAACACAAACACCACCGGAAGCAAUUCUUUUGUCGUUAACAAGGCGCCUCUUUGGCUUGCAUUUUUGCUUCUAGCAUAA